CUUCACUUAGGAACGAGGAAUAUAAAGAAGUUCCACCAGAAUGCCGAAACUGACGAACUUUUUUGGUGCGGUCGUUUUAUUCGCCGUGGUAACCAAGGAAACGGUUACUGCUGCUGCUGUUGAUAAGUGCGACAAAAAGUUAGCCAAUAGCCAUUUUGAUAGGGCAAAAAAGUUCAUCGAUGAUUCGGCAAAUACUGUUACGAAUGGUAUUGAGGAAGGAUUCGGAUUGACGAAUAAAAUCAACGGUCUUGAAAUGGAAUUCGGAGCUAACCUAUCGAAUACCUUAGAGCAUAGCUUGAUGGAAACGUUAAGUAUUAUGAAAAAUACGAAGACCGCUGUCAACAAAACCGAAUGUAUGCGUUAUUUCCUCGAACUGCAGACAAAAGGAGAAAUCAUUAAAAAUGAUGUCAGUAGCUAUAUGUCCUGUGUCUUUGAAGGGAGGGUAAACCGGCUUCUCAGCAUAUUACCGGCCAUGAACGAAGCGCAAACAGCCUUACAUAACCUCAAAUCCCGUGUACGUUCGUGUAGUGGGCGUUCGUGCUGCGAAGUCCUUACGAGAACGGACGCCAUACGUACGAAAUUCUAUAAGGCGUUUAGUGUUCUCUCGUGCACAGAUAAAUUACCCAUGCAUUUUGCCGGCAAAGCUGUACGUGAUAAAUUCAAAGCUUUCAAACAAUCGGCGCAAGAGGCUGUCCAGAGGGUUUAUUCAUGCGUCCACCAUACCCAACCGUGA